AUGUCAGAUCUAAAAUGGCCGGCGACAGCGAGCACCAGUGCUCGGCGUAAAGAACCUCGCACUACCACGAAUCUAAGCCCUGAGCAACUAGCACGCAAGCGGGCUAAUGAUCGUGUAUCUCAGCGCGCCGCUCGAGAAAGGACCAAGCAAUACAUUGCACGGCUUGAAUGUGAAAUCAGACAUCUGAUAUCACAGAUCAACAGGAAUGAAACUAUCGAAGAAUUGACUCGUAGAAACCAAAAGUUAACAGAUGAGGUUAACUUUCUUCGAAAGUAUCUCACACUUCGCAAUGGCGAGGUGUCAUGGACGGCGUCCCGAGGGUUAAACUACGUCGAUGAGCACCUUUCAGAUCUCUGUCUGGCGCUACCGUCUUUCCCGUAUCAACCGGCAUGCCAGCAGGCCAACAUACCCAUCAAUGCAGCUCCUGUCAACACCGUAUCGCCGCCAACAGAAUUCUGGUACACGGAAAACCAAAUGAUGCCCAUGACCAACAACAACAGCAGCAGCAAGUUGCCGCACACAGGUACGGGACAACAAAAUCAGGGGUCUUCGGUGUCGAGGAGAUAG